AUGGCUAUAUUCCUCUCAAUCAAAGUUCAUUUCCAAGGUGUGUUCAUCAACAAACCUUUUUGCUAUUCUGAUGGUGUUCAUCAUGUGUUCGACAACGUUGAUUUUGUUGGUAUGUCAUAUAAUGAGUUUGUGGGUUUUCUUGAACGAUUCACACAGGAGAAGUGUGAGAAACUUUAUUAUUGUCAACCCGAUUUACAAAUUCCAGAAGGUUUAACCUUGACUUCGAAUGAACUUCAAUAUCAAGAAUUUAUAGACAUUGCUUAUCAAUGUGGAGUACAAGUUCAUGUUUACAUGGACCAUUUUGGUACUACUGUGCACGUAAGUAAGGCAAAUGAAAAUUAA